AUGGUAAGCUCUCACUUCUUGACGGAGCCGUAUUCAGUGUCGAAUGCUUACGAGAGAAACGAAGAGACCAGCGACAGCCAGUCAACGUCAGUGAUUAUUUCAGACAGUAAUACGAACACGGCUGUAAACAGGAAUGAUAAAGGAGAGAGCGAUCCUGUUGCUCUGGGACCGGAAAAGACACCGGUGAGUAAUUUGGAGCUCGGGAGCUUGGCAGGAUGCAUCAGAAGUCAAAGUGGUCCACCGUCACUUUCGAUAUCAUUCGAGGAUCAGGAUUUGUCGUCCUCUUCCGUAAAAACUCGUUCACAAAAUUCACCAAGCAUUACGACUGGUUCAUCUAACUUUAAGCAGCAAGACUAUGGUGAGGAGAACUACGAGGGGUUUGGUUAUGGCCGCGACGUUGAACUUGACGUUGAAGUAGAGUCUCCUGGUGAAGGAAACAGUUCUGCGCCAUCACCUACUACUGGUCUUCAUUCUCUUGGGAAAACAAGUACUGCCAGUCCUUGUUCAACACUUGGUAGACACACGUGGUUACGAACGUCCUUGAGACGAACUCCACCCGGUAGUGCGAGACCAACAAGACAACUUGGAUCAAAUGCACUAGCGAGUCAACUUUAUAGAAGUGGAAGUUUUAAUAGUUCAGGUAGGGGGUCAACUUGCGACGCUACCGACGAUAUGUACAGUGACGUCUCCUUGGAGGAUGAUGUGAUAGACUUAAAUCACCGAGUAAAAUUGAUCCAAGAACGAAUGGACGCUCUAGUGGACACUCAAUCAGUCAGUGGCGAGCGUUAUGCGAGAGUUAAGCAGGAAAAUGCGACAUUGCAAGCGCGGAUUAUUAUGCUAGAGGAAGCGGCGAAAGACGCCGAAGCUAGGGCGGAGGAGAAGCUGCAGAGCGAGCAGCGACGGCAUCGAGAGUGGGUGGCUCGACUGGAGCGAGAAAAAGAGCUCCAGCUGGAAAACUCCGCGAUGAAAGUCCAGGCGAUCGAGGUCGAGUGCUCGGGCUUGAGGGAGCAGAUUGUGCGGCUAAGGGAGCAGUUAGACGCCGCCAAAGAGGAACGGAUCAGGUUGGAGAAUUUAUUGGACGAAGCUAACUCUAAUAUGGCUACUGCGCGUGAAAAUGAACGACAGGCUGUGCUGCGUGCCAACGAAACUCGUCUGCUUCUCGACGCUGCCAAAGAAGAACUAGCCAAUCGUGAUAAGGACCGGCUGAGGAUUGAAGACCUUUUGCUGGAGGUCGCCAGGCUUGGAGCGAGUAAUAAGAGCUUGCAGGAGUCCCAGGAUGAACUGCAAGCUGCUAUCGCGGUUCAUGCCGGUCGAGAACUUUUGAUGCUUAAUUCUAAUAGUUUGUAUGAAGACUUUGAUAAAAAUCCUCAGAGUUUAGCUGCUGAGUUGUCGGCUAAUCAAAAUCGAGACCAGGUUUUACAGGCUUUAAAAGAGCAAAAAGAAGUAAAUGCACAAUUACGGUCAUACAUAGAUGGUAUACUAUUAAACAUCGUUGAAAAUAAUCCACAAUUACUGGAAGUUAAGAAGCAUUGA